AUGACUCGGAAGAAAAGCAACUCAUCGUUGAGAAAUUCUACUCAAACAUCUAGUCAAGCGACAGCUCCUGGAACUUCGCAUCGACCCCGUAGCAGAAUUGGUCGGUUUCUGAAGAAACUCAAGGAGGAUGCGAAAAAUUUCACGCGCUCCAAGGAUUCCCGCAGUCUCAGCCCUGCUCCCAGAAAUGUCCAUCAUGAUGAACGUGCUUCAUCGACCCCAGAUAUCGUGGUUCAGGCUACUUCAUCUAAUGUGGAGGCUGAUACCGAAUCGGCACUUCGGCAUGCACAACAGGGUGCAAAUCGCAUGCAUCCACUUUCGGGCCCUGCGAUAACUGCAGCGUCUGUUGUCGAAGGCGCACAAGAGGAUCUGGAUGAUGCUGACAGUCUCCAGGAGACAUAUCUCAAACCCCUCAGGAUAUUCGACGAUGUUAUUGGGAAGAUCACAGAGCUACAUCCGUAUGCAAAGAUGGCAUUGGGCGUUUUAUCUUGGACAGCCAAAGUUAUUCUAGCUCAAGCGGAUCGCGACGCAGCGGUGCUCGAACUCCUCAAGAAGCUGUCUGAAGUUUACGACUUCAUGACACAAGACGAGAAGCUUGACCAAGAAUUGUGUAUGCGCGCCAUCAGUAUCCUCGGAAAGAUUUCCAAGCAGAUCCGUGAAUGCUCCCAUUUCAUCAGCAAUUAUUCGGAGACACGCAACUUUUGGAAUAGACUCGGAAAGAACGUUGUCUCAGAAACGACAGAUAGGAUCCAAAAGUACAACGACGCGUUAGAUAGGCUCAUGCAAGAAUUCCGGGACCAGGCUUUACACGAUGUAGCCAUACACGUCCACGACAUUGACAUACAAGUCCACCAUAUAGGAGAAAUAUUGGACCUCAGCGGCAUCACCUAUGCGGAGGGCGCGGGACUAGAUACCAGGAAAGAAUGCCUCGAAGGGACACCCACGGAAAUCCUUUCUAACAUCACGGAUUGGGUCAACACCACUGGGGACGACGUUCCACGCGUGUUAUGGCUAUCCGGCCCUGCAGGCAAGGGGAAAUCGGCCAUCGCCCACACCAUUGCUAAGUGGUUCAACGACGUGGGAGGGCUUGGUUCGUGUUACUGUUUUGACCGCCAGCGAGAAGCAGAUCGUCGCCACGAAAAGGUCUUUUCCACGAUCGCACGCGACCUGGCUGACCGUGAUCCGAAGCUAAGGCGGGAAUUAGCAGAUGCAGUUCAGGGUACAACUUCGCUCAAGACGACGACGGAUAUCAUCCAGCAGUGGCAGAAACUUCUUAUCGAACCACUGAGGAAGUCAUCUAGGUCGACUGGGGAACCCAUCGUGAUCGUAAUCGAUGCACUGGACGAGAGCGGUGGAGUAGAGACACGAGGAGACCUCCUCCGUAUUCUAGCUGGCAAACAUCAAAGCCCCGGCGUUCCCAAAAUCACAGACCUCCCAGACAACUUCCGCUUCAUCGUUACCUCUCGUCCGCUUGGUGAUAUCGAAGACAAGUUUCGCGGCGUUCAGCAUAUUCGACAGAUGUCCAUGGAUGAUAUUCCAGCAGCAUUCACAGAGCGCGACAUCCGUGCUUACGUAUCCAGAGAGUUGGAAGAGCUAGAUUUCCAGGACAGAGAGUUGGCAGUCCUGGCUGAGAAAGCUGAUGGACUUUUCGAGUGGGCGCGUCUCGCCAGCGGAUACAUCAAAGACCCCCAUCCUGGAAUAUCUCCGAUUGAUUGCUACAAAGCUGUGGUGUCACUCGAUCCGGCUGAGAGAAGCGGAUACAUCUACCAAUGUCCAGCAUUCGCAAAGGCUACGUUCGACUACGCUGGCGAGAUUUCGCUCAGUGAUGGGACAAAUACUGGGGACAGCUGA